CCGUGAAGAUGUGAUUAUAAACGCUCUUAAGAUGGCUGUUAUUUCCUUGUCGUUCUUGUUCUAUAUUUUCACAUACGACUGAAACUUUACACUGAGCACUAUCAUGCCUGUGCGGUGCUUUUGACUUUGCACCCCGACUCGAACCACCCGCAAAAUUUGUUUCAAAUAAUAUAAUAGAUCUGUCUCUUUCAUACAGGACAGAUCCCAUAACUCCCAUACCAGGAUAUACUUCACAGUUUUCCUCCUAUUCUUUCAAUACCGACAGUAUGGAAAGUCCACCGAGCAAGAAGGGGAGCCCUACAUUACACGACGAAGCUCCACCAGUCCAACAAGAGGUUCCGCCGCUUGACCAGGAAGCGAUAUCAAUUCACGCGGCUUCACCAGUCCAUGCAGCUUCACCAACCCAUGAAGAAGUGCCACCAAUUCACGAGGAAAAGCCACCAAUCCAUGAUACGAAUCCUCGUCCAGUCAGUGAAGCCAUAUCAGGAACUAUCUCAAUAGACGAUGCCGAAACAGACCUCAACCUCGACGAUGAUGCAACGACAACCAACCGAAACAGUGUCAUCGAUCCUACCCUCGACACCAAAGAGCGAUUGCCCACACCCGCACCGCCUGCCUACGAAACCCUCGCCCAAAAGAAUCCGAAAGCGACAGACCACCUCUCAAUCACGAUCGGUCCUCCCAUAAUCAUCCUCUUCGACAUCGUCGUUCCCUGUAUAAUAUACUACGUAUGGUUUGACAUCCAUCGCUCUCGAUGGGCAGACCAAUGCAAAGCAUUCACAGACACGAAUCCGAACACACCUUGCAAUAUCCCCAAACCAGAAUACGACUCCGAGAUAUUGGGAUAUGCAAUCAUAUCUUUCGGCUUCGGGGAACUCUAUAUCCUUGUCGCUCGUGUUUGGCGACUACUCAAAUAUCGAGAGCAAUGUGCCCCUCUUCUCUCGAGAUCGAAGUGGGAACUGGAUGCUACAAGUUGGGUAUACGGCGUGGCUAUGAUUUGUGCCCUGAUACCGUUCGUGGUGGGGAGUUCACUGGAGAUCCCAGAGUUGUAUCUUUAUUCUCCAGGAUUCUUGAUGGCGUUCUUGGCUGUGUUGAUGCUGGUCACAUUGAUACCUGUUAAGACGCCUUAUGGGAUUAAUUCUCAUGCGAGAGGAACAACAAUUCGACCUUUCAUCUAUUACGCAGCUGAGGAUUUCAUCGCUGUCGAUGGUUUGCAAGAUCGAGAAUUCAGGGUCCGUUAUAAUGCGAGAUAUGAGAGCAAUAAGUCGUUCAGAAGAAUGUUUUUGUGGCUGACUUUAUGGUGGAUCACGGGCGUGCUGAUUUAUCUUGGGUGUUUGUCGGCGAUCAUUUGGAACCUGGAGUUUCAUUAUGCGUUUGGGCUUAGUUUGGGCGUUCUGUUUGGGUACAUUGCUAUAUGGGCGAUUGUGAGUUAUAUGUGGGUGCAGAUCGAAAUGGAGAGGGAAAAGAAACAAUACGAGGAGAAUGCGGGAGGGGCAAUACCGUAAUAUGAUGAGAGAGGACGAGACUAGAGUUUUGAUUGCAAGAUUCUAGGUGAGAAAUUUGAUACCAAAAUCAUUCGCUGUAUACUAAUAAAAUCCAUUUUGUACAAUUCCAUGGCAUUUGCCAUAAUGCAGUGAAGUUGCUGAGAAGAGACACGGCAGAAAAGGGGCUCGGCUAUUUG